AUGAAAAAGAUGAGGAAAAUGCAGCCUUGUCGCAUCCUGGCCAUUCCACCACUUCUGUUGGUAGACGAAAACAUUCCAGAGGUAGUGAGGCUCAGCGAAAUUCAUGCAUUGUGGCAGAUGAGAAACCUGCUACAAGAAUUGAUAUUGUGGUGCCUUCUGAAAGUAUUGCUGGAGAACACAGGAAAGGGAUUAUCCUCAAUUCUGCAGAAAGUCAGAUUGGAAGUAUACGCUUUUCUAACUCUAACUCUGUCCGUUUUGAUGUUCCCUCAACACCAAAAGAGUUUAGAAGAUUUGUGCCCAGAUGUAAUUUGCCUUAAAGACGUUUGUGAAAGCAUGACAGAGAUUUCAGAUACCCAACAGAGAAAUCUGAACAGCUGGUGUUUUGCUGAGCACUAUAAACCAGAUAUUUUUUUGCAGGUUCUUCAAGAAGCUACUUAUUAUCUUCCUUAUAUUGAAGUAUACCACGCAAACAGAGAGGAAGCCGUUAUGCUUGUUCUACACAAUCCCUACAACAGAGAGAGACAAAAUAAUUCCAACUGGCACAGUGAAUUACACUCAAAUACAGGUUUUAGAAACUACCAGGAGAAUACAGUAGAAUCUAUUCAAACCUGGCUCAAAAUGAAAGAAACAGAAUACAAGGCAGCUCGACUAUCCAGAGAAACUGCUAGUUUACAAAAGGACGAAGAGGAGAAACAGAAGACCCUUGAAAAGGCUGAAAAGAAAGGAAAGAGGUCACCACAAAGAUCUGGUAAAAUCAGAUCUCCAGGAUUAUCAUCAACAUCUAGUCUGGAAGUACAAAGUACCAGCCUCGGUAACCCAUACGUCCGUCAAGGUUCUCUCAAAGCAUAUCAAGCAGAACAAAUGAAACAGGCCAAUGAAGAAGAAGAAAAAGAAAGGAGUAAAGCUGAAAGAUUGAGCAGAUCAGCUCAAAAGCUUAAGGAAAAGAAAGAGAAAGAAAAAACAGACAAAACAAGAAAAAGUUCAAUUAAGAUGGGCCAAAGUAAGCGGAAUUCUGAAACAAUGUCUGAUCUAGUAGACACCUCACAGACAGCCUUUAAUGUGGAAAAUCAGCCUGUUGAGGAGGAGUACACCUUACCA